ACACCACCACUGCUAUACCCUGUGACGUGAUGGAGAAAAGCAUUUGAUAAGGGAAUGGAUUCACUCAUAUGGAAACAGUCGCGAUUUCGCAAGUUAUAAGAACCCAGAAUUCUCUUCACAAUGCCGGUAUUCGCUUUCGAACAACAGUUCGCUGAGCAGCUGCAGAUCGCUCGCCCACCAUGCGCAUGAUCCCCUCGCUGUGUGCGGCAGCACUGCUCUUCCGCAGCGCGCUGGCCGUGACCAUCCCCGAGAUCAAUGGCGACCGAUACGUUUCUUCCUACCAAGGCAAACGAGUCUCCGGUCUCAAGGGCCUCGUCACAGCCAAAGGUUCCAGCGGGUUCUAUCUUCGCGCCACGGAUGCCGAUUCAGACUCCCGCACCUCCAACUCCAUCUACGUAUAUGGAAGCAGUGGAGUGUCUCAAGUCACGGUCGGCGAUAUUGUCACUCUAAGUGGCAAGGUCACAGAAUACCGAUCCUCGUCCAGCUACGUCUAUAGUACUGAGAUUGAGUCGCCAUCCGACAUCCAGGUGCUGUCCAGCGAUAAUACUGUAACCCCCGUCGUCAUUGGAAAGGAUAAUCUGGAUCCUCCUACCGAGCAGUACUCUUCCCUGGACAAUGGCGAUGUCUUCAGCCUGCCCGGCAACUCCAGUCGGCUCUCCACUGCGAAUCCGGUUUUGGAGCCGACCGAGUAUGGCAUGGACUUCUGGCAGAGCCUGAGUGGUGAACUGGCGACCCUGACUGGACUCACAGCCAUCAGCAAGGCCAAUUCAUACGGGGAUACCUGGGUGAUUGGUGACUGGCCAGUGACGGGGAAGAAUGACCGGGGCGGGCUGACCAUGCGUGCAAAUGACUCAAACCCGGAAUCCAUCGUCAUCGGCUCUCCGUUGGAUGGGACUAAGAACCCAACUGAUACUAAACUGGGUGAUACCCUCGAGGAUAUAACUGGAAUCAUCACGCAGGCAUAUGGAUUCUACACGCUGCUGCCUCUGACGGCCUUGACGAAGACCGGGUCCAACACCACGGAGGCGACAGCAACCACCCUCCAGGCAGAUGGAACCUGUAGUUCAAUCACCAUCGGAGAUUACAAUGUUGACAAUUUCUCUCCACAGUCGAGCACCAUGAGCGGGAUUGGGGAGCACAUCGCCAAGUAUUUGAACAGUCCGACCGUCUUGUUCUUGCAGGAGAUCCAGGACAACAGCGGAGCAACCGACGACGGUGUCGUCUCCGCCAACGAGACACUGUCCAAGCUCGCUAGCGCAGUCAAAGAGCACGGCGGAGUCGCGUACAACUACACUGACAUCGAUCCGGAGAAUGACACGAACGGCGGAGAACGCGGCGGUAAUAUCCGGCCAGCCUACCUCUUCGACCCAUCGGUGGUCCGACUGCGAAACUACAAUCCCGGGUCCAGCACCGACUCCACCUCCGUCCUCUCCGACGGCAGUCUAAGCUACAACCCAGGUCUGAUUGAUCCCUCUAACGAGGCCUGGGAUGACAGUCGCAAGCCAUUGGUAGCCCAAUGGGAGACCCUGGACGGCAAGAACACAUUCUACACGAUCAAUGUGCACUUCACCUCCAAAUAUGACAGCACUUCGCUGGAGGGCGAUCCGCGACCCCCCGUAAACGGAUGGGUGGAGAACCGCGUGGACCAGGCUAAAGUGGUUGCUAAAUUUGUGACCUCCAUUCUGGAUGUCAAUUCCGACGCGAAGAUUAUUACUGCCGGUGACUUUAACGAGUAUGCAUUUGUCGAGCCUCUAGAGGUGUUUGUCUCCGAGUCCAAGCUGCAGGACCUUGAGGAGGUCACUGGCAUCCCUGCGACCGAGAGGUAUACCUAUCUGUAUAACCAGAACUGCGAAUCGCUGGACCACAUGUAUGUGAGUUCUGCGUUGACGUCCGGGGCCAAGAUGGAGCAUAUUCAUGUCAACUCGUGGGUGUCGACGGAUGAUGAGUUGUCGGAUCAUGACCCUACAGUCGCGUUGUUCAAUAUGUGCGAGUAAGCACCAGCACCUGGUUCUCUUUCCCCAUGCCCCGAAGCUUCUAUUUAGAAGCAAGCGGUUGCAUGCCCAUGCUUAAUAGAGAAGGGUCCGCAAACCCGGAUCUAAUCAAGCUGGGACUCACAUGACAGCACGAUAAAAUCUUUCAUCAGUGGAGCCACCAACCCAUCGGACAAGCAAUACUUGAAUAAUUGAGUUUUGCUUGUCUCCAAAUAUUUAUUAAUCUCGUAUUGCCGCGUAGCGAUGUGUGCCUGGCAUGGUUCGUUUCAUUUUCAUUGCUUCAUCUGUGCUGCUCCACUCACUGCCGCAUCCGGAGUUCAUGACUCGAGCGGGAUUAUUAAUGCCUGAGGCAGAAAGUAAAGACAAUGAAUGUAUGUUGCCAUGUUAUGUGAAAGCUAUCCAAUCC